AUGUCGGACGACGAGGGGCCCCGGGGAAAAGGCGGCAAGCGCGGAAAAGGAGGCGGCAAAGGCGGAGGCGGCAAAGGUGGAGGAGGCAAAGGAGGAGGCGCGAAAGGAGGCAAAGCUGCCGAGAAGAGUGGUGGUGGCUUCAACGUGAGCCGCCUCCAGGUUAUGCCGAAGUUCCUCCAGGAAAUCCACGCAAAGUACAAGCCUUCCGAGGCCAAGCGUGGCCUGAACCACGCAGAGCUGCGAGAUAAGAGCUCGCCCCUCGGACGCAACGACGCGGACGAGUAUGACUUCGAGGAUGCGCAGAUCGUGGACAGCGACCUGACUGCCGAGGAGAUCCGCGUAUUUGCUCGAAAGCGCGGGGCGUCAAACACGGCUCCGGGCACGAAGGACGAGGCGAACCCAGAGGAGGAUGGGCCCGUCAAGUUCCAAAAGAAGGAAGGAAGAAGAACCACCGCUGCCGUGACCCGAAAGCUGGCAAAGAAGCUCGGAGCUGAAGCCGGCGAGGCUGGCGAGGCGAGCCGGGCCUUCUCGACGAAGAAGCAGCGCUUAAGCUUCGAUGCCGACGAGGGAGAGGAGGAGGACUGA